AUGACCAUGGCAGGGGGUCGGAGAGGACUGGUUGCUCCACAAAAUACCUUUUUGGAGAAUAUUGUCCGGAGAUCUAAUGAGACUAAUUUUGUCUUGGGUAAUGCCCAGAUAGUGGACUGGCCUAUUGUGUACAGCAAUGACGGGUUCUGCAAGUUGUCGGGAUACCACCGGGCAGAAGUUAUGCAAAAAAGCAGCACAUGCAGUUUUAUGUAUGGGGAAUUGACAGACAAAGAGACCAUCGAGAAAGUCAAGCAGACGUUUGAGAAUUACGAGAUGAAUUCCUUUGAAAUUCUGAUGUAUAAGAAGAACAGGACGCCUGUGUGGUUCUUUGUGAAGAUUGCUCCGAUCCGAAACGAGCAGGACAAAGUGGUUUUGUUCCUUUGCACCUUUAGCGACAUCACAGCUUUUAAGCAGCCGAUUGAAGACGAUUCAUCCAAAGGUUGGGGGAAGCUAGCGCGCCUGACAAGGGCUCUGACCAGCAGCAGAGGGGUCUUGCAGCAGUUGGCUCCCACCGUCCAUAAAGGGGAGAAUGUACAUAAGCAUUCCCGGCUCGCUGAGGUGUUGCAACUUGGUUCCGAAAUUCUUCCGCAAUACAAACAAGAAGCACCGAAGACCCCUCCACAUAUCAUUCUGCAUUACUGUGUUUUUAAAACAACCUGGGAUUGGGUUAUCUUGAUAUUAACGUUUUAUACUGCAAUUCUGGUCCCUUACAACGUGUCCUUCAAAACGAAACAGAACAAUGUGGCCUGGUUGGUUGUGGACAGCAUCGUGGAUGUGAUAUUUUUGGUGGAUAUUGUACUUAAUUUUCAUACCACUUUCGUUGGACCUGCUGGGGAGGUCAUUUCUGACCCAAAGUUGAUUCGUAUGAACUACUUGAAGACCUGGUUUGUCAUUGACCUCUUGUCUUGCUUGCCGUAUGAUGUCAUCAAUGCCUUUGAAAAUGUGGAUGAGGGUAUCAGCAGCCUUUUCAGUUCUUUAAAAGUGGUGCGGCUUUUACGUCUGGGACGCGUGGCGAGGAAACUGGACCAUUACAUUGAAUACGGAGCAGCCGUCCUGGUCUUGUUGGUGUGCGUCUUUGGCCUGGCAGCUCACUGGUUGGCCUGCAUCUGGUACAGCAUUGGAGAUUACGAAGUCAUCAAUGGAGAGAACAUUAGGAAUGAAAGCUGGCUCUUUCAGUUGGGAAUGACUGUUGGAUCUCCUUAUCGCUACAACUUAUCUGGAUCUGGAAAAUGGGAAGGUGGACCCAGCAAGGAUUCUGUCUACAUCUCCUCCCUGUAUUUCACUAUGACCAGCCUCACUAGCGUGGGAUUUGGAAAUAUUGCACCUACUACAGACGGAGAGAAGAUCUUCGCUGUGGCCAUGAUGAUGAUUGGAUCGCUUCUAUAUGCAACCAUUUUUGGUAAUGUGACAACUAUCUUCCAGCAAAUGUACGCCAACACGAACCGAUACCACGAGAUGCUUAACAGUGUGAGAGACUUUCUUAAACUUUACCAAGUGCCCAAGGGUCUGAGUGAGCGAGUCAUGGAUUAUAUUGUGUCCACCUGGUCUAUGUCCCGAGGCAUUGAUACUGAAAAGGUUCUUCAGAUUUGCCCUAAGGACAUGCGAGCAGAUAUCUGCGUCCACCUGAACCGCAAAGUAUUCAAGGAGCACCCAGCAUUUCGACUAGCUAGCGAUGGCUGCCUGAGGGCUCUGGCCAUGGAGUUCCAGACUGUGCACUGUGCCCCAGGGGAUUUAAUCUACCAUGCUGGGGAGAGUAUAGAUACACUGUGUUUCGUGGUUUCCGGGUCUUUGGAAGUUAUCCAGGAUGAUGAGGUCGUGGCUAUUUUGGGUAAAGGUGAUGUAUUUGGAGACAUAUUCUGGAAAGAGACCACCCUGGCCCCAUCGUGUGCCAACGUUAGAGCUCUGACGUACUGUGAUCUUCACGUAAUAAAGAGAGAUGCCUUACAGAAAGUCCUGGAAUUCUACACUGCCUUUUCUCAUUCCUUUUCCCGAAAUCUUAUUCUUACCUAUAACCUGCGUAAAAGGAUAGUGUUUCGGAAGAUAAGUGAUGUCAAAAGAGAGGAAGAAGAAUGGAUGAAAAGUAAAAAUGAAGCCCCUCUGAUCCUCCCUCCUGACCAUCCAGUCCGAAGACUGUUUCAAAGGUUCCGUCAGCAGAAGGAGGCUCGUCUGGCAGCAGAACGAGGAGGCAGAGAUCUUAACGACCGAGAUUUAGAGAAAGGCAAUAUACUGGUGGAGCAUUCUGCUCGCAACACAAUAAAAGCCAGCCUUGUUACCGUUACCGAAAGCCCUGCUACUCCAGUAUCUUACCAAGCGGCAUCUACCUCUGGUGUGUCAGACCGAGCUAAGCUCCACGCUCCAGUAUCUGAAACCACUGGAGGUAAAGUGGCCGGGGAGUUGGUGAAAAGGAAAGGGUGGGCAAGGUUUAGAGAUGCAUGUGGGAAAGGGGAGGAUUGGAACAAAGUGUCUAAAGCAGAGUCUAUGGAAAUAUUACCUGACAGAACUAAACCCCCAGGGGAGGCCACAUUAAAGAAGACAGAUUCCUGUGACAGUGGUAUUACAAAAAGUGAUUUACGUUUAGACAGUGUUGGGGAGACUAAGAGCCCACAGGAUCGAAGUCCAGUGCAGGCCGAAGUUAAACACACUUUUUAUCCCAUUCCAGAACAGACUCUGCAAGCUACAGUUUUAGAGGUGAAGCAUGAGUUAAAGGAAGACAUAAAAGCUUUGAAUACAAAAAUCACAAAUAUCGAAAAACAGCUCGCCGAAAUACUAAGAAUAUUAGCCUCAAGAAGGUGCUCCCAGUCACCACAAGAGAUCUUUGAAAUAUCUCGGCCCCAGUCUCCAGAAUCAGAAAGAGAUAUAUUUGGAUCCAGCUAGAACAAACUGAGGACAAUAGAGUCAUUGUAAACAUGCCCAGACCACCAUGUUUCCAGCACUGCCUCCCAUAUGGUUUUAUACUCUAUGGCGGGUAGAAGGAUCUCCAACCUUCUGCAAGAUGAGCAUGUUCUUGGGCGAACAUGAACUACAUCUCCAAGGUGGGCGACCGACGUGUAAAAGUUAUGACAUGGGUGGUAUUGAUUCAUUCUAUAUCUGGAUGGACUGGCCCAAUACUAUGUGAAUUUUACACAUGUAUCUAGAAGAGGACAAGAACCGAGACACAGAUGAUGGUGGUUGUAUUUAUCUCAACCUUUGAAAUAGAAUUAUUAAUUACUAACUUUACAACCGACUGAGGAGAGAGGGUCCGACGCACCUUUAUAUCAGAGAAUUGGGAAGUUUGGAUAUUUCUUCCCAAAAAAAGCAUGCCUUAUGUGACUGAAUUUCACCCUUGUCCAGUUGGAGGGAUGGACAAGACGGCCUGUAUGACUAAAUGAAACAUCUGUCAUUGCUGCAGCCUUUAUAAAAGCUUGCUACCCACUGAAUGUCACAAUAUAUCCAUGACAUUGUGCUCCUUAGGUUCCCUCAUGGGGCUUUUUAUUGAAUAGAAAGCUGGGAAAUCCCAAUAUAUCUAUUUUUAUAGGUUCCCUGCUUAAAAGAAGAAAUUCAGAAACGUUAGGGAAGAAACUGUAAAUGUUUUAGGAUUAUAAGGUGCAGUACCUUCUUGCACCCUGCAGAUGUCGCUGUUUUUUUUCUCUUGAAUGUUUAUUGAGGCUGGAAUCAGAAAUAGAAUUUUUAGCAAUAGCAUACAGCGCCACCGGCAGGUUAUAGGGAACUGCAUCAAAGCAUAAAUCUAAUAGUAGGUCAUGCCGUUUUGACUGACGAGUCUUCCAAUGUGCUAAUUGUAUAAUAACUGACCAAAUGGAUAGUGUUAUAAGUGAGCAUGAGUACAUUUUUGGGGUAUAUAUUGCACGUUUUGUUAUAUUAAAAGAACACUCCAGACAAAAAUGUAUACACUGAGUAGCUCUGUGGUUGGUAAAUUUGGGGCAUUUAAUCCCUGCCCCCAAAUACGCACAGGACCACCCACUUAUGGGCAGAGCUUAUACAAGCUCUGCCCAUUUCCUGCCCAGGAUAGCUUGAAUUUGCUGGGACUAAAAAUCAGGAACAGUCCUUGCAAGUUUUAGAUUGUUGGCAACUAUAGUAUAGGGCCUGAGAGAGUGGAGCAUGAUUCAGGAAAUCAAAUAAUAUGCCUAGGUCAAGCCCCCCCCCCCCAAGGGAUUUCACAGAUUGGAGUGUUCUUUUAACAACCUAGUACUAGUAAUCUCUGGGUUACUACAAGUUGUAGCGUGCUGUCAUCCUUCAGUACUCCCCAGUGCUGUUGUUUCAGCUUUUAGAUGUGAAAUCUAUUGUGACAUUCAGGUGGUAUUUUUUUGAUCCAUCAUCAUUAACUUUUUUGCAAAGAUGCUUAUAUUUUGAUAUCUUACGUUCCUAAG